AUGUCAGAGGGGGCGGGCACAUUCCGCAUGGUCCCUGAAGAGGAACAGGAGCUCCGUGCCCAACUGGAGCGGCUUACAACCAAAGACCAUGGACCUGUCUUUGGCCAGUGCAGCCAGCUGCCCCGCCACACCUUGCAGAAGGCCAAGGACGAGCUGAAUGAGAGGGAGGAGACCCGGGAGGAGGCGGUUCGGGAGCUGCAGGAGCUGGUGCAGGGGGAAGCAGCCUCCGGGCAGGAGCUGGCCGUGGCCGUGGCGGAGAGGGUGCAGGGAAAGGACAGCGCCUUCUUCCUGCGUUUCAUCCGCGCGCGCAAAUUCCACGUGGGCCGAGCCUAUGAGCUGCUCAGAGGCUAUGUGAACUUCCGGCUGCAGUACCCAGAGCUCUUCGACAGCCUGUCCCUGGAGGCUGUCCGCUGCACUGUCGAGGCUGGCUACCCUGGUGUCCUCUCCAGUCGGGACAAGUAUGGCCGAGUGGUCAUGCUCUUCAAUAUUGAGAACUGGGACUCUGAAGAAAUCACCUUUGAUGAGAUCUUGCAGGCAUACUGUUUCAUCCUGGAGAAGCUACUGGAGAAUGAGGAAACUCAAAUUAAUGGCUUUUGCAUCAUUGAGAACUUCAAGGGCUUUACCAUGCAGCAGGCUGCUGGACUUCGGGCUUCAGAUCUCAGGAAGAUGGUGGACAUGCUCCAGGAUUCCUUCCCAGCCCGGUUCAAAGCCAUCCACUUCAUCCACCAGCCGUGGUACUUCACCACGACCUACAACGUGGUCAAGCCCUUCUUGAAGAGCAAAUUGCUCCAGAGGGUCUUUGUUCAUGGAGAAGACCUCUCCAGCUUCUACCAGGAGUUCAACGAGGACAUCCUGCCCUCCGACUUUGGGGGCACACUGCCCAAGUAUGACGGCAAAGUCGUUGCUGAACAGCUCUUUGGUCCCCGGGCCCAAGCUGAGAACACAGCCUUCUGA